AUGUCACUUUCGUAUGAGAAAUACAUGAAUCUGGUGUACAAUUUGAACUAUAUCAAUGAGCCGGUGCCGAAGGAAAUAGCCCGAAAGAUUGUGUCUAAUGCGGUGUCACCUGUGGUUACAGUUACUUCUACAAAUACCCUCGACGGUCAUAUUUACGAGUGUUACAAGCUUGAUUCGCUGUAUAUGCUCUUGCGUUACUUUGGGGACUGCAUAACUGAUCGAGAUCAAAGUGAGGAACAUAUAAGACGCUCUGAAACCGGCAGAGUGCGAUCAAACAGUGUAUUUUUGCGCGACUCUCCUCAGUUUAUUAGGUUCACCAGACCUUUACCAGAUUUGAUUGGAACACGCAACGAGAAUGACCUACUUUUCGAUUAUCAUUCGUUGGAAGUGUUUCUGGCGAAUUACCUCGACAUGGUUGACGCACACACGACUUGGGAAACACCACAUUCAUUACUGCAGCAUUCGACAUAUCACAAGUUCUUCACCGCUGCUAUAUCCUCUAAUUCAUACUUAUCUCCAUACGAAUCGUUCAACCACCCAGUGGUUUCAUUGCUGGCGAUCGACGUUGCCAGGGGGGAGAACUACGACGAUGCUAGAGAUCUGUUGAUACAUUUCAAAAAUUUGCACAAUAGUACGCCCAAUUUCCCUACUUCCAUUAACAUAAAUGACAUUUUACCCGUGUUUCUUCUAUGCUACGAUGAAAACUCGCGCUCCCAGUUCGAGUUGUGCCAAGCCUUGGUGAAAACCCUCAAGAAGCAAUUGUUUGUCGAAAGCAUUCUUUUGCCGCUCUGGAAGUACCCUACUGAUAUUAUGAAGUCUCUACACCAACCCAUAAUGUCAUCCCUCGAUGAAAAUAUGCUUUUGCUAGUACAGGACAAUGUUUUCCAAUUGCCUUUAGAGCUGAUCAACAACAUUUACGAUAGAGUGGACAUACUCACAAACGAGCUUAUGGUACCAUUUAUGAAGAGAAAGAUCUCCUUUUGGGACGAAACCAUUCUACAGCCUAGAAAAUCGAUAUUUCAAAACUCCAAACUCUUCCGAAGGCUCAUGCCAAGAAACAACAUGUCCUCUGGUAAUAACAGGCCUGUCACGGUAAAUCGUGAUGGUGUGUCUUAUUUCUCAGCCACCUCAAACGAGUUUUUAUUACGGAAGCUAGCCGACUGGUCAUUUAUGCUGGGCGACUUCAAAGUGGCCUACGGCACAUACGACUUACUGUCUCGAGAUUUGGAAAACCAUUUUGAAUACCUAGCAUCUUGCCUUGAAUGGUGUGCGCUCUCGGUCUUGAUGGGCGCUCAGAGCAUUGUUACCGUUAAAAUGAUUAAAAAUGAUAUCGAUCCUCUGAUCAAUCGAGCUCUGAAGUCUUACGAGUUUUGCGCGUUGAAGGCCAAAGAUAAAAAGAAGACGAAAGAACUUGCAAAUGCCAACGGCGUCACAAAGAAGGCCACCCAAGAGACUUAUAGUAAACAACAAAAAACUCUCAGCCCACAGAGUGAGCCCGAAAGCGAGGGCCCAACUGCUAUCGUUGCUGGUCAACCCGCACAAAGCUACGAAACACGAUGCAUGCUACUAGCUGCAGAGCUUUUUUUGAGUUUGAGCGAUACCUGGACCGCUACGCCCUAUGCCAUAAAAUAUUUGGAAACAAUCCUGGAUGAGUGUGCUCUAGGCUCCCUGUCGAAAGUCUUGAUUUGGGAAAGGCUUGCCUACUGUUAUGCCUUAAGAGUAGAUCCAAGAGUGAGUUCACUCAAGGCGCGAGAGAUUUUACCAACUAAUCCCUCUUUGCAAUCGAAUGUCGCAGAAGUUCAGCAUGUCGAUGAGAAGUCCGAUUCGUCGACUGAAGAAUGGGAUAGUUCUUAUAAGAUCAAGUAUGACAAUAUUGCUGCCCAAGGACUGAGCCGGAGGCGAAAAUCAGCGCUGUUUGAACUCAUUGCAGCGCGAAAGUGGUCCACUUGUCGCCAGUGGAAAAGAGCAUCAUGGUGUUUUCAAGAUAUAGAUCAAUCCUUCGAAGACUCAACAUUUGCAUUUAGAGAGGGCCUCAUUAUUCAGCGCUUACAGAAUCUGAUAGAGAUACACGAAGGACAAAGCCUGCAAGGAGACGCUAAGUAG